AUGAACACAAACGAUUUCCUUUUUGUAAACCUUUCCUCCCGACCUCCCAGCUGCAAGGCGCGGGGUUAUGCAAGUUCUUCUGCAAGGUCCCACGCCGCAAGAAUCUCACAUGCUCGAUUGGAAACUCAACGAAAGGGCAUUAAGCACCGCCAGGGACACCUUCCGAUCGAGGAAGAACCAUAUUCUGCACUACAGGGCACCGAAAACCUUCUGGGAGUCACUGCAAAACAGCACAAGUCAAAGUCGCAUCCAAAUAUAUUGAGAUUCCGACUGUAUACUCCCAAGAAACCUCAAGAAAAAAGCCAAACAAAGGACGAUAAUGAAUUAUUUCCGGUCCAGAUCGGCGCCACAGCACUGGAGCCAAAAGUCGUCGCAUUACUGAGCACGAGCAGCUUAGACCCCUUUAUGCGCCCUGCAAUCGAUCUUUCAGUGCCAGAUAAGCACUUACUACAUUUUUACUUGUUGAAGACCCCCAACGAGAUCUUUGGUUCCGUGCCAGGGCCUGCUUUGGCAAUGAUCAUGGAGGCGAAUCUAGAAAAUAUAUCUAAAAAUGAGAUUCAAGUUCUCUGGUGUCUGAUAGCGGUCGAGAGUCAUGAGGUGAGCUUCCAGCCGACUGCGUCAGCUCGGAGUAUUUCAGUUCUACGACGAAGAGCCCGGGCCUACGAUAUGAUGCAAGCAAGGGUUGUCGAAGGCAGUGCACAUUCAGAUGAUUUUCUCGUCACGCUGGGAUUGACCGCUGCCAUUGAGAAGCGCAUAGGCAACAUUCAGUAUUCCGAUUACCAUACGCGAGCGCUGAAGAAGUUGAUCGAUCAUCGAGGCGGAUUGAAGGCAAUCCGUGAGAUGAACCCCGUGUUAGCAUUGAUGGUUGUCAAUAUGCUGAUUGAAAUUGGCAUUCCUGAGCUUUAUGAAUACCACAGUUUAUUGGCGAACCUGAAGAAGCUGCGACAGAAAUUCCAACGGCUCCAGGAUUGGAACAACGGAGUAAGAGCUUCAGUAGACCGUACUAAGAACGGAUCGACAUGUACCCUAGGUGUACCAGCAAAGAACAAUCAACCGCUUGCAUUUCUAUGGUGGCAAGCGUUCAAUGAAGCUGGCCUGUCUAGAUACAUCGAAAUCCCUUCAGGGGAGUUAACGGAAGCGGAAUAUCGUUUUUAUCUAGCCAUGCUGUUCUUCGUCAACAGCGCUUUCUGGGCAUUUCGAAAUAGCAACGAGGCAGGUAAAGCUUAUGCUGAAUAUCUUUCUAGCUCUGCAACCGCCAGCAAAUCAACUAACUUCAUACUGCAAUGCUUUUCGGCAAAGCUACCCUCGAUAUUGUUGCUGAUUCUUUUGGCACACCAGAUUGCUGACUCGACUGGACGCGACUCAUCCACGAGCGCCGUAUUUGAGGUGGAAGAGCUGUUGGAUUUUGUUGAACUUAUGAUGCUGGCGAAGCCCAAGUCGAGAGACUUGGUGUUGAAAGCGUUAUGGUCAUGGCUCUCAUGCUCGAGCAACAACGAAAUCAAUCUCUUGAGUGUCGCACAGUUGGACAACGUGGUUAAGGAAAUCGAAGAUCAAUGGCUGGACAAUGAAAAGGAGUACUUGGCGCGAGAGAAGAUAGGUGCUCGAUAUCGUUAA